AUGAGCGGUCUGGAAGCAGCUGCGAGCGGUCUGGAAGCAGCUACGAGCGGUCUGGAAGCAGCUGGGAGCGGUCUGGAAGCAGCUACGAGCGGGCUGGAAGGAGCAGCCAGCGGCCUGGAAGCAGCUGCUAGUGGUCUGGAAGCAGCGGCCAGCGGUCUGGAAGCAGCUGCAAGUGGUCUGGAAGCAGCUACGAGCGGUCUGGAAGCAGCUACGAGCGGUCUGGAAGCAGCUAUGAGCGGUUUGGAAGCAGCUAUGAUCGGCCUGGAAGCAGCUACGAGCGGUCUGGAAGCAGCUACGAGCGGUCUGGAAGCAGCUGCGAGUGGUCUGGAAGCAGCUACGAGCGGUCUGGAAGCAGCUACGAGCGGUCUGGAAGCAGCUGCGAGUGGUCUGGAAGCAGCGGCCAGCGGUCUGGAAGCAGCGAUGAGCGGUCUGGAAGCAGCUGCGAGCGGUCUGGAAGCAGCUACGAGCGGUCUGGAAGCAGCUGGGAGCGGUCUGGAAGCAGCUACGAGCGGGCUGGAAGGAGCAGCCAGCGGCCUGGAAGCAGCUGCUAGUGGUCUGGAAGCAGCGGCCAGCGGUCUGGAAGCAGCUGCAAGUGGUCUGGAAGCAGCUACGAGCGGUCUGGAAGCAGCUACGAGCGGUCUGGAAGCAGCUAUGAGCGGUCUGGAAACAGCUACGAGCGGUCUGGAAACAGCUACGAGCGGUCUGGAAGCAGCUACGAGCGGUUUGAAAGCAGCUACGAGCGGUCUGGAAGCAGCUACGAGCGGUCUGGAAGCAGCUACGAGCGGUUUGGAAGCAGCUAUGAUCGGCCUGGAAGCAGCUACGAGCGGUCUGGAAGCAGCUACGAGCGGUCUGGAAGCAGCUACGAGCGGUCUGGAAGCAGCUGCGAGCGGUCUGGAAGCAGCUACGAGCGGUCUGGAAGCAGCUACGAGCGGCCUGGAAGCAGUGGCGAGCGGUCUGGAAGCAGCGGCCAGCGAUCUGGAAGCAGCUACCACCGGUCUGGAAGCAGCUGCGAGCGGCCUGGAAGCAGCUGGGAGCAGCAGAGCGUCGGAAGGACCACCUCUAGGGUAG